AUGGUCCUCAUGACGACCUAUUUCUUUUGCGCUUCAGUGCGUUUGGGUAUCCUCGUUAUAUGCUUUUUUGCCAUGUGCAAAAGCAUCAUCAUUAUGUAUGUGAUCUUUGACAAUGGCACAGCUUUCAUGUUUUCGGUGAUCCGUAUAUUUGAAAAUGAUGUAAAUUAUCGAACGAGUUUUAUUGUUAAAGAAUCCAUCAACUGGGUGGAGAAAUAUCCCAGGGAAAUAAUGAUGGUUACCCAACUCUACAGCUUUUGUCAUAUUCUAUCUUGUAUUCUUGGAGCCUUUGGUGCUUAUAGGCUCAAGAAAUACCAUGUUAUGCCUUUGUGUAUCUUUGAGUUCCUGUACACCGUUCAAAUAGUUGGGAUAUCGGUGAUUUCCCUUCGAAUUGCACGACAUGUAGUGCCCUUAGGGACCCUGAUAUUGCUAACACUGACUCUCACAUUCUAUGCAAUGCUUGUGGCCUAUGAUAACUUGGCAUUGAUUGCUUUUAUACAGAUUAUGGUUCUGGUGAAUAGCGAAAAAUAUCAACGUCUUUAUGGCACGGAUCCCCUUAAUCCCAUUCUAUAUAGAGAGGAAAUACCUCAAAAAUCCAGAGUUGAAAAUCCCCUGCAGCAGCCACCAAUUAUAAUCUAUGUAAUGCCCAAAGUUGGUCAAAAAUUGUGGCACUUGCAACCACAGAAAUGGUGGCAGGAUAUGGAAGGUUCUUCAAUGGAUACGAAUAUAGAUUCUUCGGAGAAUUUUCAAAGGCAGGAGCUCGUGUCGAAUGUUUUGCUGCGAAAUGCUGUCAAUGGUGAACGAUUUUUGUACAAAGAUAAAGAACUAGUGACUUCCAGCAUUUUUCAUCGGCUUGGCCUCAUUGGCUACUUCCUGAAGCUGUUGUUCCAAAGUAUUCAAACCGAUUUCGAGCAAGGCAGCUCUUCCACGAGGCCCAAUCCCGGGUAUGUGCGACAGCAUGGGGACUACUGGGUGUGGCAUAAUUAUAUACUGGCGGGCGAAAAUUUGGUUGCCAAUGAAAGUGUUACUCUAGCCACUCAUGCCACCUAUGUGGACCUGCAGCUGUUGCCAACGUUGCUGAUCAGGUGGAAGGCGCCCAUUAGCCUCACGAUCUAUGCCAACGGCGACGAUCUGGAUAAGACCAUCAAGGGCUUGGCCUACAUCAAUACCUGCCUGCACUUGAGUGUCCUGAUGCGUCGCUUUGUCAGCAUACAUCUGGUGUGGCACCAGGAUCACAUGCCUCUGAAUUUUCGGCGUGGCAGCAUGGGGGUCACAGCGGAACCUCUUAUGUGUAAUAAGCCACCGAUUUAUCUAAAUGCGACUCAGGAGCUUACUUAUUGGCAUCGAAAGAAGCUCCAAUAUCCCAUGAAUCUUAUGCGGAAUGUGGCCCGUCUCAAUGUCCUAACGUAUUAUGUUUUAUCAAUGGAUAUUCAACUGCUGCCGACAUAUGAUUUUCCUGAAAAGUUUUUGAAAUUCAUCUUAAUUCAUGAUGUCUGGCGCUAUGCAGACAUAUCACAGCCCUACACCACGGUCUUCUGUUUGCUGACAUUCCCUCAUGUGUUGGAGGCGCCAUUGGCGCAGAAUAAGUUUCAAUUGAUAAUGAUUUUAAGGGAUUUCAAUAUUAUCAGUCCCGUGUACGAUAAUAUCGAUGUGCAGAUGAAAUGGUUGAGCACUCAGACUGCCGGAGAAGAGCUCUACAUCUUUAGUCGUUCGAAAAAAAUGGACGCGUGCGUGGCCUAUGUGAGCAUCAAUGAAUUGGAACCCUUGUACGAUGAGGGCAAUAAAAUGGAAUCCAUUUAUGAACAUGGCGCUAAUUUAAAGGGCCAGGUAAUGAUUGACUUGGAUUACACUUUCAUUAUCCUGGAUGGUGCCUUUCUCAUACGGCGCACUUUUGACAGCUGGCAGAACUUGAAGCCCAAGGAUCAUAUAAGUGUAAGCCAAACCAGAUUCUCGAGAAUGUGGCAUAUCUGGCAUUUGUUCUACAGCCGAGUGAUAAAUUUAGUGCCCAAGGAUUUUGCACAGGUCUGGUACACUCGAUCGCGUACCUCGCGCUAUUUUCGGAUAUUCAAAUAUCGAAUGGAUUAA